AUGAAGAAGAUUGAUGAAAUAGAGCAUCGAGCAAAUAUUUUAGAAAAAGCUUUACAAGAACAAGAAGAAAUUAGAACAAAAUCUGAAGAAAGAAUUGAAGCAAUAAGUAUAACACAGGAACAUAACAAAAAACAAUUAAAAAAUAAAAUUAAAAAACAAGAAUCGUUUUGGAAAUAUUUAACUAAUUUCUUCUCUUCUGCUUGUAAUGUUGAAAAUAAAGAAAGUGAAACAACACAAAAUAAUGAAGAAAGCAAAAGUAAGGAUGUCUUAAAAAAGGAAAUUAAAGAUAAAGAAUAAACUAAAUUGACAUAAAAUAAAUA